AUGCUCCCUAGUAUAGCAGAAGCACAGCUGAUUGCGCUCUUCAUGCAGAGCGUGGCCUACGGCGUUCAUGUGGUCACAUUCUCUAUUUGCAUAUAUACUUGGUUCCGACGUUCAAGCAGCUCCCGCACAACGGCCUCGAGGAUCUGGUUGUCUGUCGCCAUUGCCUUCUUCAUCAUUGACACUUGCGAUGUCUCCUUCAUCUUGUACCACAACCUCAUGGCGUUCGUCCUCCCUGCCACAGCGUCCUCCGGCGCAAACGUUGUAUUCGAUGAUACGUCGAACUGGGUCAACCUGAUGCGCAUUUAUCGGUGCUGGAUGGUGUAUGCCAAUUCAAGCCAUCGGGCGAUAGUCGGAAUAGUCCCUCUAGUUCUCUGGCUCGCAUGCAUAGCCUUCGCGGUCAUGGUUGUGUACAUCCUGGGCACUGUGGAUGUGCAUACCACUAUACCCGAGAUCCCACAAUUGCAACCCUAUUUAUAUUCGUUCUAUGCGACGACAGUUGUACUGAAUCUCCUCACGACCGGUUUCAUCAUCAUCAGACUCUGGAAGAUUCAUAAGCGCACUUCUGCGUUCUUCGCACAGAGCUGGCGCGUUCGAAAUCGACUCAGCUUAGCGGAUGUCAUUUUGAUUAUGGUCGAAUCCGCUCUCCUGUACACCACGACCGUCGUCUUCAGCGUCGUCUUGGACCUUGCAAGGACGAAUGUGUACUAUGGUGUCAUUGACCUUAGCAUUGAAGUCGCCGGUAUCUCUUUCGACAUGAUCAUCAUCCGUAUCUGGACAGCGGUAUCGACGGAGCAGACGCAGGCGUUCGCAGCGAAUUCGCCAAACUUAUUGAAGUUCAAAACGGAAUCAGGGGACCAGGCCGCCUCUGUUCACUCCGGAUCAGAGGAUCUAGCCGCGAUCGAGCUUGUGGUUUCCCAUUUCGAAGUGGUCGAGCAGCAAGGAGGUGACGAAUACCCUGUCUGA